AAUUAUUUGAAUUCCACUUUUAAAAAUUGGAUUCUUUUUUUCCUAAGUCAUACGAUAGUUUUUUAGUCGGAUGUAUUAUGUACAAAAAUCAUAUUUAUUUUACACAAAUGUCGGCUCCACGUAAAUAAAAAUCUACAAAUGACACAUUCGAGGAUAAAAUUUGAUUCGAGAAAGAUAAAAAUUGGACCUACUACAAUUAUCUGAAAUCAUGCUCUUUAUAAUGGAGCCUACACAUCAGGCUUUGGUUUUAACGUCACACUUUUCUUCUUUUAUAUAGGGUUUUAACUUUCAUUAUAACAUAUUAAAAAGGUAACUAAAAAAGAACUUUUAUAAAAGUAUUUAUUUAUGAAUUAUAAUAUUCUAAUAAAGUAAAUAAUGCUGGUUAAUUACAAUACUUUUAGUUAUCAUCAUGAAAAAAUGAUUUAUAUUUUUCAGAUCUGUAAUCUUCUUAAUGUGCGUAAUGGUUGAUAAUCACGAAUAAGUCUAUUUAAUCUUUUCACGUAGAACCCUAAUCAUUCCGUGUUGAUAUAAAUACCACUGGCUGGUUACAUUGGGUACACUUGUUCACAAGUAGCAACAAUAUGCGUGUCCUCGCUUGUUUGGCCCUUCUCUUAGCUGCAGUAGCAGCCGUCCCCUCCAAUCCCCAGAGGAUUGUUGGUGGUUCGGUCACCACCAUCGACCAGUACCCCACCAUUGCUGCUCUUCUGUACUCAUGGAACUUGAGUAGCUACUGGCAGGCAUGCGGUGGUACCAUCAUCAACAACCGUUCCAUCCUUACCGCUGCUCACUGCACAGCUGGUGACGCCGUAAGCAGAUGGCGCAUCCGUCUCGGCUCCACCUGGGCCAACAGCGGUGGUGCCGUUCACAACGUCGCCCAGAACAUCGUUCACGGUUCAUACAACUCCAGAACUUUGGACAACGACAUCGCUAUCCUCCGCUCCGCCUCCACCUUCACCUUCAACAACAAUGUCCGCGCUGCCUCCGUUGCUGGUUCCAACUACUUCCCCGCUGACAACUCUGCCGCCUGGGCUGCUGGAUGGGGAACCACCUCUUCUGGUGCUAGCUCCGGCUCCGAGCAGCUCCGUCACGUGCAGCUGCAGAUCAUCAACCAGAACACUUGCAGAAACAACUACGCUACCCGUGGAAUCACUAUCACCGACAACAUGUUGUGCUCUGGCUGGCCCACCGGUGGUCGCGACCAGUGCCAGGGUGACUCUGGUGGUCCUCUCUACCACAACGGCAUCGUUGUUGGUGUCUGCUCUUUCGGUAUUGGCUGUGCUCAGGCUGCCUUCCCCGGUGUCAACGCUCGUGUAUCCCGCUACACUUCUUGGAUCUCCUCCAACGCAUAA